AUAUCAUUAAACGACAUCGUCGCAACAUCCUCUUAGUUUAGUUCCCUUCACGCACAUAAAUAAUAUCGCUUUUGCCUCUCCAUUGCCUACGACUCUCACUUCACCAUUUCAUUUGCUAGAAAGUAAAGUUCGCUUCUUUUUUGUUUUCUCCAUCUCUAUCAAUGGCUAAGGAACCAGUUCGCGUUCUUGUCACUGGUGCUGCAGGACAAAUUGGAUAUGCACUUGUGCCCAUGAUUGCCAGGGGAGUAAUGCUCGGUCCUGACCAACCUGUGAUUCUCCACAUGCUUGAUAUUCCACCUGCAGCCGAGGCAUUGAAUGGUGUGAAGAUGGAAUUGGUGGAUGCUGCUUUUCCACUUCUUAAAGGUGUUGUUGCUACGACUGAUGUUGUUGAGGCAUGCACUGGAGUAAAUGUUGCAGUCAUGGUUGGUGGAUUCCCGAGGAAAGAAGGAAUGGAGAGAAAAGAUGUGAUGUCAAAAAAUGUGUCAAUAUACAAGUCUCAGGCUUCUGCACUAGAGAAGCACGCAGCUGCAAACUGCAAGGUUUUAGUUGUUGCCAACCCUGCAAACACAAAUGCGUUGAUUCUAAAGGAAUUUGCACCAUCUAUCCCUGAGAAAAAUAUUACUUGCUUGACAAGACUGGAUCAUAAUAGGGCACUCGGUCAAAUCUCAGAGAGACUGAAUGUUCAAGUCUCUGAUGUUAAGAACGUUAUCAUUUGGGGAAAUCAUUCAUCCACCCAGUACCCAGAUGUCAAUCACGCUACCGUUAAAACUCCAUCUGGAGAGAAGCCUGUCAAGGAGCUUGUUAAUGAUGAUGCAUGGUUGCAUGGAGAUUUCAUUAGUACUGUCCAACAACGUGGUGCUGCAAUCAUCAAAGCUCGUAAGCUUUCAAGUGCACUAUCAGCUGCAAGUUCUGCCUGUGACCACAUUCGCAAUUGGGUUCUUGGAACUCCUGAGGGCACUUGGGUUUCAAUGGGGGUUUACUCUGAUGGCUCAUACAAUGUACCAUCCGGACUGAUUUAUUCUUUUCCAGUCACAUGCCAGAAUGGAGAAUGGAAAAUUGUUCAAGGCCUUAGCAUUGAUGAGUUUUCAAGGAAGAAAUUGGACUCGACAGCAGAGGAACUAUCUGAGGAGAAGGCUCUUGCUUACUCUUGUCUCUCAUAAAUAUCUUUCCAUCACCGGUGUGUAGUAAGUGGGCCUCGUUCAACUUUUUCUUCCAGGAGGCAUAGUUACAUUUUUGAAUAAAGCCAGCGAUAAGUUUUAGAUGAACUGUCAAUGAUGGAGAAACUGUACUUUGAAUCUUACCUUGUUAUUACUGUCAUAUGAUAUGAGGAUGUCUGGAUAUUUAUGGCUUAAUGGAUUUGAGAUAUGUGAUGGAUUAAUAGGGGCGUUAUGGUCAAUAUUAUUAUAUGGUAAUUGUUUUUUA